UUGUGCAAGAAAAGUGUGAAAUCAAUCAGUUUAACGCCUGCUGGAGAGACUCACCAGAACACGUGAUGUCAGUCAGAAUGGCUCUGCCCCUUCCUCUAGUGUUUCUGCUCAUGAUUCACGGGGUUUCUAGUGCUGGUUGGGGUGUGAGUUACAGUCCUUCACACAUCUGUGCACUAAAGGACUCAUCAGUGAUAAUGAACUGCACUUAUACAUACCCUAUUGGAUAUAAGAUUGAGAAAGUGUUCUGGACAAAAGAAUUUAUAAAGAGUGAAGAGCCUCCAGAUCUGUCUGAGGACCCUGAAUACAGUCAGAGGCUUCAGUAUCUGGGAGAUGAACAGCAGAACUGCACCAUCAGACUGAGUCAUGUGACACUGAAGGAUUCACGCAUGUACUAUUUCAGAUUCAUCACUAAUAUAACAGGAGGAAAAUGGAUUGGUGAUCCAGGAGUGACUCUUGCUGUCACAGAUCUUCAGGUGGAGUCUCCUGAGAGAGUGACAGAGGGAGAUUCAGUCCGUCUGACAUGUAAAAGCAGCUGCACUCUGACUGACAGAGCAACAUUCAUCUGGUACAGAAACUCACAGCCAUUAACUGAGAGAAGAGACAGAAACAAUGAACUCCUGCUGCAGUCAGUCAGAAGAGAGGAUGCAGGCAGAUAUAGCUGUGCUGUACACGGACACAAUCACAUCUCUCCUGCUGUUCAGCUCAAUGUCAUGUAUCCUCCAAAGAACGUCUCAGUGUCCAUCAGUCCAUCUGCUGAAAUAGUGUCAGGAGAUUCAGUGACUCUGAUCUGCAGCAGUGAUUCAAACCCUCCUGCUCUGAACUUCAGCUGGUUUAAAGGAGGAACGUUUGUAGGAUCUGGAAGAAUCUACAGCAUCUCAAAGAUCAGCUCUGAUGACAGUGGAGAAUACAAGUGCAAGUCCAGAAACGAAUGUGGAGUGACAUACUCUGAUACUGUGCCUUUAAACGUCAUGUACCCUCCAAAGAAUGUCUUAGUGUCCAUCUCUGGUGAAAUAGUGUCAGGAGAUUCAGUGACUCUGAUCUGCAGCAGUGAUUCAAACCCUCCUGCUCUGAACUUCAGCUGGUUUAAGGAGAAUGAAAGCUCAGCUGUUGGAUCUGGACAGAGUUUCAGUGCACUACAGAGUGGACGCUUCUACUGUCAGGCUCACAAUCAACAUGGAUCUCAGAGAUCAGACGCUGUAACUGUCACAGUUCAUCAUGGUGCUGGUAGGAAUGUGAUUGUGAUCGCAGCGACAUCUGGAGGACUAUUCAUCAUCAUCAUCAUCAUCAUCAUCAUAUUUACAAUUAAGAAGAAAAUAAACAGAAGAUCUGCAAUACAUGAGUGUGAGAACGUUGAUCCCAGUGCAGACACAUAUGCAGCUCUUGACCUCAAGUCCAGAUCAUCUGACCUGUACGACACACUCGCAACUGUCCAUCCCAGACCUGAUGUUCACCAGUCGAGCUCUUCUGAAUAUGAGAAUCUGUCACCACACAGCAGGACACCACGAUAAGAUGAAGCACAAGUUAAACUUUACUCAACUUUUGGGUUUUCGUCGGACACGCCCACAUCACAGCUACCAAUGAAAAUGAAGGACUGUAUGUGUGAACGCCACUGUAGAGUUUUCAUUCCGCAGUGAAGUGAUGUUUCUCGUCAAGUUCAAUAGUAUCAUUCAGCUCUGACAUGAGAGAAUGAAAUUAUGUUUCUCUUACAGGUCCUGACAAUAAUUCAACAUAAAACAGUAACAACAAGACACAAAUAUAUAAACAGGUCAAUUUUUGCAUAUUAUAUAAAGUGUUAAUGUAAAUCUGAUGGAUUAGACAAAAAGACAAUAUACACAGUAUACAAGACAUGUUGUGAGGUUCAUUAGAAAUGUAUGUUUGAAAGCAUUUAAAAUGGCACAGAUACAAUAGCAAUCUAAUACCUGGAUGGUGUAAACAGUCUUACCCACCUUUUUCCUAGUGAGCCUGAUGUGUUUAGAUUCUGCUCCAACUUUAGUUCUGACUGAUGACACUGUGCGCAGUGACACGUGAUGUUCCCUCUCCAUUUCCUGUGAAGUGUAUCGAUGUUCCCUUAUUCCCUAUGCUGGUCGCAGUGCCUUUCGAACUGAACAUGUUCCCUCCCUUUAAAUUGUAAUCUCACUUAAGAUAGCAAAAUACCCUGAAGUUCACUUCACAGUCCACUUAUCUAAAAGAGUUUUCCACUGAGUUUGUGCAAGAAUAUUUUUAUACAUUUUAUCUGUUUAUCAAAGGGUCGAUGAGGCUGAUAUUUCCUCUUAUUCAUUUUAAAUAGAACAUUAAAAAUUACCCGGAUCAUUUUCAACCUUCUGUUUUAAAUCUGUGUUUAAGGCCUUGAUAUACUUCAAAUGAAAUAAAUGAAGGAACUGGUGACGUAAUUUCAAACAAAAUCAGUUCAGAACGCAAUUUGUUUGGAGUUCAAAACUGCUUUUAAAAACGAACUUGCAGUGUCGAGAUAAAUCGGGUCCUCCCUCAAAAUCAGGUCUCUAACAACUAUCAGUUAAUGAUUAUACUAAGAACAAAUGAAUGAUACACUAUAUCACCAAAAGUUUUGGCUCCUCCUCUUCCUCUGUUGAUUUGACUCAUGAUUCCCGAUGUCAGGGGUCUACAGAAGCUCUUAUUGAGAAUUAACAGAGGUUUAGGUGUUGAUGUCUUAUUGAAAAUAUUUUGUUUGAGGUCACCAUCAUGGAGAUCAUUGUUUGCUUUAGUUGAGCUCUUGACCCUUGACUUUUGUUGAAUUGCUUCUUUAUCAGGAUUUGCAGGUGUUUUCAGAAAACAUUUCUGCAUUUAUAAAGCAGAUCAACAUAUCUGUUUUAAUAACAGACAAACAACUGCAUUAAAGUGGUUCAAACAACUGCUA